UGUCGUUAUAAUAAAAUAGCUUAUUUUACCCUUUCGCUAUUCUUUGACCGUUAGCUUUUUUUACCUCACCUUAAUAAAUAAGCGUUAAAAUGGUUAAGCCACCUCAGAGCAGAACCCUUCUGAAGAUUAAAUUGUUUAACUCGUUAAAAAACAAUAUGGAGUGUUUGGAUACUAAAAUUCAAAAUUCAUCUAAUCAACUAGCCAUGGUUUCAAAGUUUUUCCAGCUUGUUGUUAAUGAAAUGAAACAAACAAAUUUGAACGACUUCUUUGCUGAUCAACCAACAGUUCAGGAUAAUUUGGUUCAUUUCAAUGAGCUUAUUACAUCAUUUUUGAAUGAUUUUUCCACUCUAACAGCAAAGAAUGAGAAAUUGGCGGAAUACUUGGAAAAAGCCAAGCAAGAAGCAACAGUUUCUAAAUUGGAUGGAAAGCUCAAAAAUAUAUCUUUGAGUGACUUGGCUAUUGAUGAAAACAAUUAUGAACUUGUCUUCCCUCAAAUACCUUUGAAAUCUGGUAUUCCUGUUCAUAUCGCUUACAUUAAUUCACCUUCUGACUUCUAUGUUCACCCAUAUAGUGGAGUUCCUGAAUUUGUUUUGAAAGUUCAAGCAGCUCAACAAGAACUGAUUGAUAAAGACAUUCGAAGUCUUCCAAAACUGGCUCCUGGUAUGUUUGUUGCUGCUCGUUACAGUGAAGAUCAUUAUUGGUAUCGAGCAAAGAUAAUAGAUGUUACAGGUGACAAAGUUAAGGUUUUCUACUUUGAUUUUGGAAACAUUGAGGUAUUGGACCCAUCUCGUAUUAUGCCGCUGGCUAAAUCUAUUUCUGACGAAAAAGUUCAGGCUGUUGCAUGUCACUUUGUUCAUUAUAAGCCAAAUGGUGGAUGGAGACAAGAAGCUAUCGAUGUUUUCAAGCAGAAAGUUAAAGAAGAGGGAACUAUAAAAUGUUAUUUCAAUGAAGAUGCUCCGCGAAUUGAUGAAGUUGGAACUUACCCUUUCUACCCCGUUGAGCUCUUCAAACAAGAUGGUUCAUCAAUCUUGGAAGACAUCGUCAAAUCUAAAUAGACUAUACAAUAUUAUCGAGUCAGUUGAAAAUAUUUCCAAAAGUAUUAAUAUUACAGAAGUUUAUCAUUUUUCGUUCAUGAUUAAUUAAAAGUUCAUUUUCUCAUAAUUUAAA